ACUGCUAAGCAAAGUAGAAAGUAGGAAAGGGAGGAGAGAGAAAGAAGAAGAGAGAGAAAACUCGUCUCUGUCUCUGCUCUGUGAGUUUGUUCCUUUUGUUUUGAUGCUGUGUAUUGAUCGUCAAAAUCAUCUUCGAUUGUUUUUAACCAGUUGUAAUCUCUAACUUUUAUAUGCAUUCAUCGAUUCUCUGGUAUUUUAUUGCUAAAUCCAUCAGUAGAAAAUUUUGAUCGAUUCAAUAUUUGUUAUUUAGGAACAGUUAAUCAACUAACCGAUUUUCUUCAAGUAUAGACACACUUAUUAGAAGCCGUCUUCGAUUUUUGAAACUUUUUGAUUCCGUACAAACAAACAAACCCUAGUUUUGAUGGCUACAUCUACUACUAACCCGGCUCCGGUUCAUCAUUCUCACCGGAAUAUUACAUCGGAAACCGGUGGUCCCAACCGCCAACAGGAGUCUCGGCGAUCAUCAGCCACCGCUGGCGUUUCCUCUCCAUGGAAGCAGGUUGUUCGCAUUGGCGAAUCAGAAUCUAUCAUUGCGGUAACCUCCUCUUCACUUCCUCCUCCUCCGGCGUCUUGUGAGCAAUCCGUUCACUCCUCUGAUUGUUCGCCUCCUGAACAAGUGGCGACAGACUGUAUUGCGUCUUCGUUAUCGCCAAAAGAUACUGCGACAGAAGCUCAGAUCGACAACUCCGACAAUGGAAGCGGCGACGGAUCCAACGGCAAUGGGGAUAAAAAGCCGGCUUGGAAUAAACCCUCAAAUGGUGCAGCUGAUGUUAGUCCUGUUAUGGGUGCUGUCUCUUGGCCUGCUCUCUCUGACUCCACUAAGGCUUCACCUAAACUGCCUUCUUCUGAUUCACUCAAAACUUUGUCCGACGGAUCAGUUUCUGUAUCACAGGGCACGGGGAUGGCAUCAGCUUCUCAUAGGCAAGCUAAUACUAACAAUGUUAACCCUAAUACAGUGCUGAACCAUGUUGUACCCAGCCGCCAAAGGUCUAUGAAGCGCGGUGGUGGUAAUUCAAACCAUAAUGCAUCAGUAAAUGGUGGCUUUUCUCAGCAACAGCCACAAGGUUUUGAGGUGGAAACAGUCCUUAAUAAUUCUGGAAAGACAGGUAAUUAUGGUGCUGAGUCUUCUUCAAGGGAUAAUAGUCAUAGGGAUGGUGGACAAUGGGGAGAAUUUGGAUCUCAAUCACAUGGUGGAAAUGACUACCAACAUCAACGAAAUGCAAAUAGGAGAGGCAAUGUUGGUCCACACCCUCGUGGAAAUGGCACGUAUCAUAAUGGUCAUGGGGGUAGGCGUGAUCAGGAACGUCGAAACCAGGACUGGAAUCCCCACAGAGGCUGGGGGAAUAGGGAUGCACACAUGCAGCUGCAGAGAGGUCCAGCUAGGCCAUUUAUGGGGCCCCCACCUCACACGUCUCCACCUUUUAUGCCUACACCCAUGCCUCUGCAGCCCUAUCGAACUCACAUGGUUUACUCUGAAGUUCCACCUCUAUUUUAUUUCCCAGGUCCAUUCGCUGAUUCAGUCAGAGGGCAUAUGCUUUCUCCUGCACCCUUCUUUCAUCUUCCAGAUACCCAGUUGCAUACUAGAAUAGUGAACCAGAUGGAUUAUUAUUUCAGUAACGAGAAUUUAAUUAAGGACACAUACUUGCGACAGAACAUGGAUGAACAUGGAUGGGUUCCGGUUACACUAAUCGCAGGCUUCAAGAAAGUAAUGGAGUUGACUGAUAAUAUACAACUGAUACUGGAUGCUGUGAGGUCCUCUACUGUUGUAGAAGUGCAGGGUGAAAAGUUAAGGCGGAGAAAUGACUGGUUUCAUUGGCUCAUGCCGCCAUCGGUUCGGAAUUCAACCCUGACAAGUCCUCAAUUUCUACCAAAGUCUACUUCUGAUAUAGUUGUAGAAAAUCUCCAACAUUCUGCACUUGAUGAUAAGACUGUAAAACAUGGAAAUGUCGAAGCACAUCUUAGUAGAUCAUCAUCUGCUGAAUUAAGUUCUCAAUCUAAGCAGUGUGGCAAUGAGAUGGCCUGAAAAGCUGGUGCUCAACAUUCGCAGACAAUGCCAGUUGGAAAUACUCAACUGUUUUGUGACCCAGGGGUUGGUAGCUAUUGUGCUUCUUCAAGUAAUCAAUGAGUUUAGUCUUUACUUUUGCUGGUGGCAAUGACGUCUCAUGAAGGAAACAGAGAGGGAAUAAAAGAGAACAAACAGAAUUGGGAUUCAAAUUAUAAUGUGUUUUUAGCAAGCUUGUAGCCUGGUUUUGUUGGGAGGUAUAUCUUGUUUUGUUGGGGAUAAGUAUUUUCUUUUCGUUUUAUGUUAUGUUGUUCAUCUGUCAUGGUUAUUUAUUAUAGUACAGGCACGGGGAAUUUUGAUUCUACUUCUCCCAUGCAGCCCCUCAGCGUUAUUUUCUAAAACCAAAAUCUUUGGGGCUAGGUCACUUAUCUUUGAAAGAAGUAAAGCUUAAUGAAAGGUACGGUGUUGCUGGCGUCUGAUUUUUCGUCCUCCUGAGAAGCAGAGAGAAUGGUCUUGCUGGAUCUGCUGCAGUGCUAUGAAGACUCUUGCGGGCACAUGAUUAUUUUGUUAUUGUCUUUUCUAUUUGUUUCAAACAUAGCACCCCAUUGACGCUUUUUUAUAUUUAUACCUUUUCAAAAAGAGGCAUUUGUUGCCCUUGUAAAACCUAAUAAACAUCUUUAUGCUUGGUUGUGAUGUACUUGGUUUCUUUUCUUUAUAAUAUAGUAAGGGAACUAUAUAUA